AUGGAUACAACUACUGAAUUGAUAUUAUCUGUGACACCUUCAACUGCCGACUGUCUCUCUGCCGCCCCUAAUCCAUACAAAUUGAUGAUGCAUUUUACUCACUUCUUAACUUUACCUCUUUAUUUGAUGGCAAUUUACGCAUUGAUCAAUAAGUGUCCCAAAUCGUUGAAGGAAUACAGAAAUUAUCUUCUUUGGCAUACUCUGGGAAAUCUUAUGUUUGAACUUUAUAUAUCUCUCUUUAUGUUACCAGUCACCUAUCUACCGUAUCCCGUGUUUCGUGGAGCUGGAUUCUUGAAAUACUUCGAUGUCAGUGGUCUCAUACAAUUCUAUUUGCUAGUUAUUUGUCUUAUCCAUACCGGUCUCUCUAUUCUCGAAAUGUUCAAAUAUCGUUUCGAUGCAACAAUUAGUGAUGACACUCUCAAUAAGAAAGUCCUUCAUAAAAUUGUUAUUUUCUUCUGGGUUAUUGUAAUCAUUAUCCCAGUGUUUUGCUUCGCUACCCUUCCCAGAUGUCAUCCAAAACAAGAUCAUUACAAACAAGUUCUCUAUGAGGAGAACCCUGGCAUUUCAAUUCACGUUCUCUGUAACACAGUUGUCACAGCCCCACCACUCCUCGAUCCAGUUUUCACUCCACUCAUGAUUCUCAUUAUAACUGCAAUGUUGACUGCGGCCACUAUCAUCCCUCAAACAUUCUUCACUAUUUGGAAAAAGUUGGAUCAACUUUCGAGACAUUUGUCAAAACGUACAAUUCAACUACAGAAAAUGUUGUUGACAAGUCUGUUCAUACAAGCUGUCAUUCAUGGAGUUAUGUUAGGAGCUCCGUUGAUUGGAUUCAUUUAUGCAAUUGUCUUUGUUCUACCGUAUGAUGGCGUCGCCUACUUUCUCCUUCUUCUCAUCUCAUUUCAUGGAUCUUUUUCAACUAUUGCAAUGAUUGCAUUUACGAAACCAGUUCGGGAGGGAGUCAAAUCGAUAAUUUUCUUUCUUCUACCGUUUUUAGCAUCACCCGGAUCCCCAGAUACUGUUCUCAUUUCUUCUAUUUCCUCAACUCAAGUUUCUUUUCACAAAGAUAGCGUUUUGGUUUCUAAUAGAAGAAGUUUAUGA